UGUCACCUGAACAUGCAGAGCUGAUGUGGUGGGUCAGUAACCCUGUGAUCGUAAUAAUCUCCUUAGGCCCACAACAUGCUACACAACAAUGUUACCGAGGAACAAUAUACAAGUGUGUGGGUUGGGGGCCGGCUGCUAUCUUAUUUCAUGACCUCAAUAAAAGCACCACCACCUCUCUCAACACAUCCAUCUAGCUCUCAACACAUCCAUCUAGCUCACUUGAUCUCCUGCUCGCUCUCACUUACUAACUCAAGUUGUAAUGGAAGAUUUGAGAAAUCUUCAAACAGACACUUGACGGUUUACUGAUCUGCUGCAUGAGGUACAGUAUGUGCUUUUACUUUGGCAUUUUGAAAUGUGCAGUUUCUCAUCAGUCAAACUGUCACCUGUGAGAUAAAUAGGUUGGCAGUAUUAAAGGCUUUAUUUUAAAGAUGUAAUGCUAUCAUCAGAUUAACUAAACAUUUUAAGUUGGAUGAACUCUAAUAGAUGUUUUGCUAAAAUAUGGAAUUUUGGGUUAUUUACAGAUGGCAGUUAUAUUUUUUUAUUUGGUUGAAACAAGUAUAUUAAUAUUUUACCUAGAGUCCCCCUUGACUCCUUUCCAGUUUCAGUUACGAUCCAAUGAAUGGACAAGUUAGUGGAUUCUUUCAAAUCUGCUAUGACAUACUAACUAACUAUAUAGACCAGUUAAACAGGUAAAACAAUCUCACUAAUGGUUAGAACAAAUCAACUUACUGUUUUGCUAGAUCUAGUUUAAUGCAUAAUUUUUCAGCCUCUGAAAUAAAUGUUUUAGUUGUAAACUGGCCCCUGACAAGUAAAUGGACUAAAAUAAAGUCAAAACUAUUUGCCGAAAAGGCACACAGGGUAAUAUGUGAAGUUGCACUAUCAGCUAAUUAAACUGUGCUAACAAAGCAAACUGAAGUUUACUCAAUAUUGCUUUUCAAAUUCAAGUACAUUGAAAGAAAAAAAACAUUGGGUUUGCGGAGUAUUCCAGUUCAACAUUUUCAUAAUUUUAAGUCCAGCCAACUUGGAUAUUUAAGCAACAUAUUUGUAUUUACAGUGUAGUAAUCAUGCUUUAGAUAUUCACCACAAUGUUCAGACAUUAAAACAAAAGCCUUAUUUUCAACAUAAUAUAUUACUUACAUUUUCAAAAGUAGUGCUUCAAAACAAUAACUUUGGUAUAGUAUGCAACAUGUCAGGACACUGUAAUAGACUUUCAAAGGCUGAAAUGGAGCGUACAUAUGAGACUGAGGUGAAGCUGAAGUUGAUGAGUUCAGGAGCCAAGACGAACGUGGAACACCCUGAACCCAAGCCCCAGGACAGGGGAAAGUGGGGCAGCAAAACGGAGUUCUUAUUGGCAGCAGCUGGACACAUUGUCGGUCUGGGAAAUGUAUGGAGGUUCCCAUACCUGUGCUAUAAAAAUGGAGGAGGGGUUUUCUUUGUCCCCUAUAUUUUGUUCCUGUUCACCUGCGGUAUUCCCCUCUUCUUCCUGGAGACAUCAUUGGGCCAGUACACUAGUCAGGGUGGAAUCACUUGCUGGAGGAAAAUCUGUCCACUCUUUGAAGGCCUGGGCUAUGGAAGCCAAGUGGUGGUUUUGUACACUGGAGUGUAUUACAUCAUCAUUCUGGCUUGGGCGUUCCUAUACCUCUUCUCUUCCUUCAGUUUAGAACUCCCAUGGGCCAGUUGUAAAAACAGUUGGAACACAGACAACUGUUUUGAGCCUGGCCAGAACAGCACAAUUUCUGACUAUUCUCAUGGGAACACUACAUCCUCAGUCAUAGAAUUUUGGGAGAGAAGAAUAUUGGGCUUGUCUGGGGGAAUUGAAGAGAUUGGGAGUGUUCGCUGGGACCUAGCUCUGUGUCUUCUGCUGUCCUGGAUUAUCUGUUAUUUCUGUGUCUGGAAAGGAGUGAAGUCUACUGGGAAGGUGGUCUAUUUCACUGCCACCUUCCCCUAUGCGAUGCUGUUGGUGUUGCUAGUUCGUGGACUCACACUGCCAGGGGCCAUAGAUGGUAUCAAGUUCUACCUCUACCCGGACCCAGCCCGCCUCGCUGACCCACAGGUAUGGAUGGAUGCUGGAAGCCAGAUAUUUUACUCAUAUGGAGUUUGUACAGGGGUUUUGACAUCUUUAGGCAGCUAUAACAAGUACAAUAACAACUGCUACAGGGACUGUGUGUAUCUUUGUCUACUAAACAGUGUGACUAGCUUUGUGGCUGGUUUUGCCAUUUUCUCUGUACUGGGCUUCAUGGCUUAUGAACAGGGCAUAGACAUCUCAAUGGUGGCUGAAUCAGGUCCUGGCCUGGUGUUCAUUGCCUACCCUCGUGCUGUGGCAAUGAUGCCAGUACCCCAACUCUGGGCCAUCUUCUUCUACAUCAUGAUCCUCCUACUGGGGUUAGACAGUCAGUUUGUAUAUCACGAGGCCGUGGUCACAGCGAUCUCAGACAUGUACCCCUCUUUCUUCCACGUGGGCCAUCUGCGGAAAAAACUUCUCCUGCUUGGCAUCAGUGUGUGCAGCUUCCUGGUUGGCCUGCUAAUGGUCACAGAGGGUGGCCUGUAUGUGUUUCAGCUGUUUGAUUACUAUGCCUGCAGUGGGAUGACACUCCUGGUCUUUGCUAGUCUCCAGGCCGUCUGUGUUGGGUGGUGUUAUGGUGCGGAACGGCUGUAUGAUAAUAUUGAGGACAUGAUUGGCUAUCGUCCUUGGCCAUUCAUGAAGUACUGUUGGAUGUACAUCACACCUGUCAUAUGCAUAGGUACGCUUGUCUUCUCCCUGGUCAAGUAUACCCCCCUCAAGUUCAACAACACUUAUGAGUACCCCUGGUGGGGCUACGCCAUUGGUGGAUUCUUCACUCUCUCCUCGACGUUACUGGUACCUUUCUGGAUGCUGUACAAGAUGAGUGUCACCGCUGGUUCACUGCGGCAGAGAAUGAACGUGUUAACCAGUCCAGCAGAGGAUCUACCCAAACCCAUGUCACAGAAGGAGGCCCUCAACCCCUCAGAAGUGUUUCAGAUGUUCACAGAACUUUGCACAUUACGGACACCAAACCAAACCCCUACAGUCGCCAGCUCCCAGCUGAGUGCAGCACCAGCACAGACAGUGCCCAGUAACACCUUGAACUUGGAAAAUUAAAAUAACCCAUGGUAUAUUGGGAAACAUUUGUCUCUUUGCACAUGAACUCUGACCCUGGAGACAGGGGUCCGAUGCAAGGUAUCCUACUAUUUUCCCUUUCUGUUGCUCAUGUAUAUGAAAUAAUAUAAGAAAAAUUAAAGACAACAAACACUGCCACAGAUGGGUGUGAAAUUCUCUGAAAGUACACACACAUGCAAGAGCACUGCCCUUCUGAAACGGCCCACAGACAAAAUCUAACUUUGUUACAUGUACUGAAUACAACAAGUGUAGACCUUACCGCAAAUGCUUACUUACAAGCCCUUAACCAACAGUGCAGUUCAA